CGUGUGCGUGAGCGCGAGGGUGUGCACUGCGCCCGGCGGUGCGCGGUCCUUUGUCUCUUGCCGCUGCCGCCUCUUCCCCCUCCUCCCACCCACUCUUCUCUCGCUCUCCUGUGCGCUUCUCCCCUUCCUCCUUCCCUCUCUCUUCAUCCCUGCUUUGCCCCCUCUCCCAGACUCCAAGCGCUGCCGCAGCUGCAGGUUUGUAAAUACUCGACCAACACACACACAUACAACAUGGCUGACGUUCGCCCUGCUCCUCCGCCGGGCUCUCCGCCUUCUCCCUCUGCCUCCGCCGCUUAAGCCUCUCCUCCAUGUAGGCUUUGUUUCUUCCCCCUCCCUCCUCAGCGCCCUUCAAAAAAAAAAAAAAAAAAAAAAAAGGAAAAACAGUUCACCCUCCUUGGUUACACGCAUGGUGGGAUUUCAAGGAGUGUGUCUUCUGCUUUUGAAGAAGAACAAAUUCAUGAUUGAAUAGUGGAUUAAGUAGCAGUUUCUCUUUGAAGAGUGAGAUCUCCUGAAAGCUGGGAAGAACUGGAUUUUCACCCUAGUCCAGCAGCUUUGCUGCUCACUUAAACACAGAUGAAUGAAGACCCCAUUUGGAAAAUCACCAGGUCAGCGAUCCAGAGCUGAUGCGGGUCAUGCAGGAGUCUCUGCCAGCAUGAUGAAGAAAAGAACUUCCCACAAAAAGCACAGAAACAAUGUGGGACCAAGCAAACCUAUUUCUCAGCCACGAAGAAACAUUGUAGGCUGCAGAAUACAGCAUGGAUGGAAAGAAGGGAGUGGACCUGUAACACAGUGGAAGGGCACAGUUCUUGACCAAGUUCCUGUAAAUCCCUCUCUUUAUCUUAUAAAGUAUGAUGGAUUUGAUUGUGUAUAUGGACUAGAGCUGCACAAGGAUGAAAGAGUUUCUGCACUUGAAGUCCUUCCAGACAGAGUUGCUUCAUCUCGAAUUAGUGAUGCCCACCUGGCAGACACAAUGAUUGGCAAAGCUGUGGAACAUAUGUUUGAGACAGAAGAUGGCUCAAAAGAUGAAUGGAGGGGGAUGGUCUUGGCUCGAGCUCCUAUUAUGAACACAUGGUUUUAUAUUACCUAUGAGAAGGAUCCUGUCUUGUACAUGUACCAACUCUUAGAUGAUUAUAAAGAGGGUGACCUUCGCAUUAUGCCUGAUUCAAAUGAUUCACCUCCUGCAGAACGGGAACCAGGUGAAGUUGUGGACAGCCUGGUAGGCAAACAAGUGGAAUAUGCCAAAGAAGAUGGCUCAAAACGGACUGGCAUGGUCAUUCAUCAAGUUGAAGCCAAACCAUCUGUCUAUUUCAUCAAGUUUGAUGAUGAUUUCCAUAUUUAUGUCUACGAUUUGGUGAAGACAUCCUAGACAUCAUUGUGAACUCUGCCAAAUUUGUGGAACUAUUAAAUGUAAAAUUUGUAGACACAAAGACUUGACUGCUUUCCAGUUUAAUGAAAGCUUAAAUGUCCCUGCGAACCCACAAUCUCUGCCAGCAAAACUGUUUUGUUCUGAAUAAUAGGAAAAAAAUUAUGUGAACAUGAUACAUUUUGUGUAAGAGAACUCCUUUUCUUGGAGGAAGUCAGUAUAUCUCAACAGGAGGAAGUUAAGAGCAAAAAACAGCUGCAAAUUCAGGCUGUGUAAAUUUGAUCCAGUAUUGUAGUCCUUAAUCUAAAUUUUUUUCAUAGAUUUUAACUUUCUUCAACUUUGCACUCACCUCAUGCAAGUGUAGUUUGAUAUUUUGAUAUACCUUCUUUUAUAACAUUAAAUUUAAUUUCUUGGCUACUGGCAGUCCUUGUUUUCAGGGUUGGGACAGAAUUGAUGUUCAUUCAAAACUGAAUGGUUUGAAUGAUUUGUUCUGCAUUAAGGAGUGCCUAACCCAAGUAACACCAAUCUGCUGUGUUUCUACACUUAAUUUUAAAUAUAGCUUCUUAAGAAUUUGCAGUACAUGGAAAUACUUGUGCAUUUUUAGUAGUCAUAUGGCUGUAGAAUAUCAAGUGUUUGACUUGCGCACCUUUCAAUGAAAAGUCUUAAAACUACAAAAUAUAUUUAAUCUGUAUAACCAGUUAACUAGAAAAUGCAAGGUUAAUAGCCCGUAUUUAAAAGUUGUAGGAACCAGUAACAUACAAGCAACAAGGCUGCCUUCAGUCCUAAAUGUUGUACUUUUUUAUUUGUUCAUUACACUCUCUUAGCAAAACACAAGUUCUUGGUGCCACAAGUUUAACAGUAUAUAUAUAUGCACAUAUAUAUAUAUAUAUAUAUAUAUAUAUGCGCUACUUCAGAAGACUUUAGACUACGCAUUGGCAAUCAGUAGUCUCUCAUCUAAUACCAAAAUCUAGCAACCUGAAUGUGUGGAUUAGAUGCCUAACAAUGGCCAUAUUUUUACAUGGUAAAUACAGUCUCAAGGGGGAGGGUACAGGAAUCAUUUUUUAUGAAGACUUAAUUGUAGAGAAGGAAAGGCAUUUGUUGCCUUCUGCUCAGUCUGUUGCAUUCUGUCAUUUGCUUGAUUUUGUUGUUGUUGUUGUUUUGCUUUCCUCUUUGAUUUUUUUUUGUUUCUAACCAUUUUGAUUCAAAAAGGCACCUUCCCAAUGUAAUCUUUUUCUGGCUUUUCUACAUUAGGAGUGUCCAGACAAAUCUACAGCUUAAAUCUGUUGUUGCCUUUUGUGGUGUAGAUUGUACUUACUUUGAGAUACGCUGUUACUUGAAUUUCAUUCUGUGAACACUACAGUUCUGCAUGCCAGUGGUGUGCUGUCUCAUGGAAGCUACAGGCAAUCUCAGUGGUUCAGCCGUCUGCAUUAGAUUGUGGAAGUACCUAGCAGCCCACAGCAGCAAAAUCCUUUCACAGUGGUAAUCUUGCAGGAUAGUUGCAAAUGAAGAUUAGGGUUGUUGGUGGGGUGUUUGGUUUUUUUGUUUGUUUUGUUUGUUUAGGUUUUUUUGUUUUGUUUUGUUUUUGUUCUUGUAAGUGUGGCAGCUUUUGAAAGCAUAGGAAUGGCAACAACGACCAGCACAGCAACAAAAUUGUCAUGUUACACAAAGGCGGAGCUCUGCAAGUUUCAAAGAACUGCUUCAUGAAAGUGCAGUUUUGUGAAGACAGCACUGUUGAUGGAACAUGCACUCUGAAAUCCACCCUCAUGCCAUUAGUGGAAGGAUGCAGGAGAUAUGCUGUUAAUCAGAGAUCAGAAGUCUGUGUGAUCUCAGAUUUGGGUAUACCGAAGACUCGGUGGUUUAAGCCCCUUUCUGUCCACUUUUUUUGCUUGAUUUCAUAUUUUAGCCUUAAGGCUCGUGCCUCAUUAUGCUGUUGAAUUGUAAUAAAUACUUACCAUAUAAAUAUGAUACCUUAAUUCUUUGUCCAUUGCUAUUAUAUUGCAUUAUGUCCGGUUAUUUCACCAUGGGCAACCAAAGGCAGGCUAUUGUCCUAUAGUGAAUAGCUUCUCAAUGCAGCCCUUAAGCACUAGGUACCUGAGUAAAUGUUCCUUGUGUUUUGAACAAAGUGAGCAGAUUUGCAAUACAGUGUUUUCAUCCUGCAGAUCUGUUAUAUGUGUUUUCUAUUGACUCUUAAGAGUCCUGCAUGUAAAUCUCAAAGCUGAGCCUGGCUCCAUGAGCCCAAGUUGAUAUUUCUGGCACAAGAAUGAGUGAGUGUAUUUAUGACACACAAAUAACUUAGUACACUGAUUUUGGGGCUAUACGUCUGAGGAAUGUGUUUGUUUUGAAAGAUCUGAGGUUUAGAUCUACCAGAAAACUUCUAGCAUUAGGCUUGCAUUUGUGGGUUGUCUGCAAGCCACUUUAAUACACCACAUAUUCUGCCAAUUAGAGUACAAUCUAUAAACUGUAAAUUUUAUGGUUGUUUUUAGAUGUCCCCAUUGGCUAUUGUGUGGGUAUUUCUUUUCACUUUUUCUUCUUUCCUUUUUCUUUCUUUUUUUUUUUUUUUUCAGUAGCUUAAACCACCUUUUCGAGACUUGAGACUAAUUCCACUCCCUGCCCAUCUUCUUUGGGCUUUGUUUUAGGCUCAUGUUUCAGAUCUGCAUGCAGUGCUUGCAUUACCCUGGUAACUAAAUGUUGGUUCCUUGUUCUAGGGGUUCAACAUUACUUUCCAAAAUUACAUAGGGCCUGUGAUGGCACAGGCUAUGGAUCUUUGUAUAAAAGUUAUUGGCCUUUCACAUUUACCUGCUGUAGUACUGUUGUAUAUUGUGUGUGUGUGCGUGUGUGAUGUCAGGCUGCCAUGUAGAACUUUUUAAAAGGAAAAAAAGUUAAAUGCAGACCAUCAUUUUUUGCAUGCUUAGAGGGUUAGAACGUUCAAUGUAACAAACUAAAGUUGCAUGUUAAAAAUGUUUAGGUUUUGGUUUUGUUCUGUUUUUAUUUUGUGUUCAGUUUUUGUGAGUUUGCUUAUUGUGCUGUUUUAAUGGUUGUUAGUAGGAUUAAAUGCACCGGUGAGACAAGCAUAGUGCCAACAGAAGGUAAUUUUUCCAGUUGUAUGUGUCAUACAGCAUUUAAAAGGACCGUGUAUUCUGUUAACAAAUAAAUAAAGUCACACCUAAUCAGUAAAA